CACUCUGCGGUUAGACCCGCGGGUGCUGCUGGCUGCGGAUUGCCCCGCGCCAGCGGUUGGUUGCGGCCCCGCGCCACAGCCAGUUGCGGGCAGACUCGCGCUGGCAAGACGGCUCCUAAGAAGAAGCCGAACAAGCGUGGGAAGCGCUCGGCAGAGCGCACUGAGGCCCGACAACAAAGGGGCCAAGAAAGAAGGAGGCUCGCCCAACAGGAGCGGGUCGAGACGAGUUAUCCCGAACUGGUAGGGGGAGCCAGUUCAUCUCGGGAAGCCCCCACUAGGACGGUUGUCGUAGAGGACACAACCGGCCCGAAGCCAAGAGUAAGAAGGACUCCCAGAAAGAGGGUCAGAGAAGAAGGGGGUGUACGAGUGAAACGCCUGGGUGUCACCCUCAUCAACCUAAGGGAGCGGGAAGCACCGCCCCUUAGACUCAGGUCAGUUACAAGGGCCGGGACAGGUGCCAAACUCAGGUCAGCUCCAAGACGGGAACAACAUAGAAGGCAGGUUCGUGAGAACUACGCCGAGGGUGCCAAGGCGAUCCAAGCAGCAAGAGGAGUCUGGCAUCAAAGGAGGUUUGCCCAACGAGUUCAGCUGACAAGGAGCAUUCGAGCUCUUACACCAAGAGGCACCGUUGGAGAACAGGUGCGCAGGCAACUUCCUGAGGAGUGCUCGAGUUGUGACGAGCGUACCAAGAAGAACAGACCAGAAGCUGCAAAGUUUGCCAACAAAAGGCUCAAGAGGUUGACCUUUGUCCCUGUCAAGCCUGAGUUGACACCGCUAUUGCAGAAGUACCACGUUCCAAAGACCAAGAAAGCUAAGAAGAAGGUGGUUGAAGAGGACGACGAGCCGGACACCACCAACCCUGAAGUGAUGGCAGCCAUCAGACCUGCCAAGAAAGCUGUUCCAGCGGAAGAGUUGGAGGAAGAGGCGCGAGAACCGGGUGCAGUUGGGGAAAUGGAAGUAGAGGACAGGCAACAGGUUGAACCCCCUCUCCCUGAACUUGGGGAACCGCCUGCAGAACCAUCUGAACCAGCAAGGCCAGUAAGAGCCAAGAAAAUCCCAGAUACGGUCACCAAAGCCGAGUAUGACAACCACACGAUUACACACCUUCCUUUUAGAAAUUGGUGUGAGUUUUGUAUGGCUGGAAAAAUUCGUGAGGAUAGUCACCGUAGAAGAACUCCAGGAGACGACAAGGAAGUCCCCAGAGUUUCAAUGGACUAUUGCUUUUUGGGCAGAGUUCUUGACAACACCAAGUCUGAAGAGACAACGGUGGCUGAGUUGAAAGAGCCAACAGAAGAAGCAGAAGGAGUCAUGCCCGUUUUGGUAGUCACUGACGAAAGAACAGGCUGCGUUUUCAGCAGCGUUGUGCAGAAGGGAGUGAAUGAUCACGCCGUCAAUGUGGUAGUAGAAGCUUUGAAGUUUUGUGGUAGACAGAAAGCCAUCCUGCAAACAGAUGCCGAACACAGCAUCAAAGCACUUGCAGAGGCAUCAGCCGUGAAGUAUGGCAAAGAGGUGCAACACCAAACUGCGCCACGUGAAUCUCAUGCGUCCAAUGGGGCCGCUGAAAGGGCGGUACUGGAGCUCUCGCGACAGGUGCGCACAAACGUGAACGCACUUGAAUCAAGGUACAAGGACUUCAAGCUGAAAGUUUCCAGUGUUUCAUACCCGUGGCUUGUACGCCAUUCAGCAUGGCAAUUGACCAGAUUCCUGGUGAAGGCAGAUGGGAAAACCCCAUAUGAACGACUCAAAGGUCGCGAAUACAAAGGUGAAGUUGUAGAGCCAUUUGAAACUGUGCACUACAAACUUGCGCAAGACGCCAAAGGCAAGCUGGACGCUCAGAGCGCCAUUGGCAUUUGGGUUGGAAAAUCCCUGCAAUCCGACGAACACUAUGUCGGAACAGCAGACGGCAUCCGUCGCUGCAGAAGCGCGUGGCGCAGGCCAGAAGGGCGACGAUGGGAGCUGAAAAGAUUCGAGGCUCUCAAGGGCGUUCCGUGGCAACCCAAAGGCGAGCCAACCUUGAUGCCAGGAGCCCCAGGCACACCAAGGAUUGCAGCGCCAGGAACACCAAGCGGACGCGCCCGAGGAGUGUACAUCACAGUGGAACGGCAGAUUCGCCAUGGAUCCACAGAAGGAUGCCCAGGCUGUCACAGCUCAGACGACAACCCAAAGCCACACAAUGCAACAUGCCGAGCAAGAUUCGAAAAGAUCAUCGCCGAAGAGCGAGCGAAGGCACAACAAGGCGAAGGAAGUGCCAGCGCGCAAGUUGAAGACUUGGAAGCGCCAGCGGCCGACAAUUCCUCGUCAUUGUACCGCGCCAAGCGAGAGGCAGCGGGAACCGCCGCGCCUCAGGGAGUUGCGGGAGACUCCGCACUCUCAAUCGCACCAAGGAUCGCGGGAAGACCCGCAUCCUCAGCUGAUCCUGCGGGAAGCACCGCGGCUUCAGCAAGUGCCAAAAGACCCACAGAAGGCACACAAGAAGCCCAAAAGAGGCUGAAGGCACCAGAUCCAAAGGGAAGCAAACGAAACCCUGAGGUCAGUGUCCAAGAGCUGCAAGACGCAGAAGACAUCUCAACAUUGCUGCUACAGCAAGACGAAAGCACGCAUGCAGAAGAGAAAGGCACUUUGCCUACACUCCAUGACGUGCCACUCGCAGCAAUUUUUGAGGAUUCCCUCCUCGUCGGAUACCCAGAGUGGGGAAAUGUGACAUCAGCUUUCGACGAAAGAUCAGGCGAAGCGCUGCCUCUUGAAAAGAUGAUCGAGCACAAUGUCAAAACUGACAUUACGUGGGAGGAGGCCAGACGACGUGGAUUGAAGAUAGUCCGUAGUCGCUGGGUCGACGGAUGGAAAACCAUCGACGGAGAUCCAAGAGGUGUGAGGAUGAUUUUGUCCUGUGCGGCAACCAAACGCAAAGGACAACAUCAGCACGACAAGCUGAUCGGACGUUACGACGUCAGUGUGGCAUUCUUCCAUGCCACAUCCACCGGCAAAAUCGCCGUGGUACCGCCGGAUGAUCUCAACGAUCAAAGACACCUAUGGUAUCUCAACAAGGCAAUGAAUGGAACUCGCGAAGCGAGCCGCCAAUGGUCCGAGUUUGUAGACGGAACUGUGACCAGGAAAGGCGGAUUCAGCAAUGUGCCAGUCACAAUGAGUUGUCAUGGGGACGACUUUCUGGCCGAAGGCCGAGCGGAAGAUCUCGACAAAUUGGAUGAGUUCAUGCUGCAACAUUUUGAAAUCAAAGUGUUGCCGCGAAUCGGCAAUCCUGAGCACGGAGGUCAGUGCCUGGAAGGAGACCAUCUGCGCAGAGCAAUCAGGUGGACAAAAGAAGGGUUCACUUGGGAAGCAGAUCGCAAAUACGUCAAGCUUUUGACAAAAGAGCUUGGGCUGGAAGGAGCAAAAGGAGUUGACACUCCGAGCUCAAAACUGACAGGUGCUGGCUGCAGAACCAGCGACAAGCCGCUAGACGCAGCGGAAGCCUCAAGAUUCAGACAUCUUGCAGGGACAGCUCUUUACUUGAGCUUGGGUAGACCUUCUAUCCAGUACGCGUUGUCAGAAAUCACUGCCGGAAUGGCAAAGCCGUGUGAAAUCCACAUGUUGCGACUCAAAAGACUUGGUCGCUACUUGUUGAAGUUUCCGACGGAGACUUGGCUUUUCGCCUUACAAGAAGAACCUGAAGAGUUCCAGGUUUACACAGAUUCUGAUUGGGCAUCAGAUGCAGUCACGCGCAGAUCAAUGUCCUGCCACAUGGAGCGAUUUGGUGAGCAUCUGUUAGACAGUGGAUGCGCCAAACAGUCAACAGUGGCACUUUCGUCAGGAGAAGCAGAGUACUACUCCUUGACAAGAGGAGCUGCAAUCGGACUGCUGACCAAACACAUCUUACAAUGUGUAGGGUUCAAUCGAGUCAAACAGGUCAUGCUGACCGACUCGACAGCAGCGAAAGGCAUCGCCCAACGUUCGGGCACAGGAAAGGUCAAACACCUUAGCAUCCGUGAGUUAUGGUUGCAGGAGAAAGUCCGUGCAAGAGAACUAGCUGUGCGGAAAGAAAGCACAACAACGAAUUGGGCUGAUUUGGGCACGAAGUCUCUAACAGGCCCAAGAAUCAGCGAACUGGUUCAAAUUAUGCCACUCUGCAGGAGAGGCAUUGUUGUAGCAUGCCUGCUGUGUGUGAUGAACUGCGCAGCAGCACAGCCAGAGGAUGAAGAGAAGGACUCAAGCAUCUUUAGCUUUUUGCUCUAUAUGUUUGUGGUCCACAUCCUUGCACUAUACGGGCUGUUUUCAGCCGUGAGAAGAAGGUUCAUGAAAGAAGAGGUCUACGAAAAGAUGAUUCAAACAGAUGAGAUCAGGGCAGACAACAGAACUACGCAGACAUCCACUGCGCAGAGCACCGCAAGUUCUUCAACAUCCAUGCCAGUAUCAGGGCAUGGAGGGGAACAAAGACAGAAUCCAAAAGCAAAACCAAAACCAAAAGCCGAAGCGAGAGAACCACAAGAUGACCUAGUGGCUAUACUUGGAGGCGGUGUACGGUAUCAUCGCAUGAGCUGCGGAAUGGUGAGAGCUUUCCGUGGUAAUGUACAGAACUGCCGCAGGUCACUAGCUGUUGAACGUGGCUACACGCCAUGUAAACAGUGUGGUGGUUGA